AUGCCCGCAUUAACCGAAGAUGAUAUUCGCCAAUCGCCUCUAUGGAAACACAUGACCCGAAUCCUCACCAGAAUAGUUUCGGAACAACCCUCAGACCCGCUUGAGGUGCUGAAUCCGAUCUCGAACUACGUUCUCACCGGCAAUGCGGUUCCGCCUAGAAACUAUACUGGGGUGUUUGUGGAAGAGCACACCCUGUCGAAGGCCGACGUUCCGAAGGAUAGCCUCGACAACACCCGCUGGGCGGCACAUUUAACGGAGGCUCUGGCCCCGCCCAAGCCGCGGCGCCGCGUAUCCGACGGCGAGAACGACGAGGAAGACAGCUUCGAACAGGCUGUCAACGACAACCGGUUUGCCCCGGAAAACGAUAUCGAUGAGAGUGCGGGAUCCGGCAUCCUGAGCGACGUGGUCACGGAGCAGCGCACCUUUAACGCGCUUGGUACCGGCAUCCCGCCCGAGGCGGCGUACCACGUGAUGAUUGGUCUGAAGAAACUAAUGAAGGCCGAGCCCCUGUCCAGCGCGCGGCUCUGGGGCAAAAUACUGGGCAGCAAAAGCGACUACUACAUCGCGGAGACCGAACUGGACCCGACCCUCAUUCCCCCUAAAGACGACGAAGACGAUAUGGACAAUGGCUACGAUGGCGAGGAUCUUCCCGUGGAGAAUGUCGCCGACGUGUUCGGCGCGCACCUGCUCAAACGCCAUCACGCCGUCCCCAUGGAGGAAAGUGGGAUGGACCUUAACAAGUUUGUCUUCUACGCCGCGAGCACGGCCGAUCCGAUGGUGUGGACUCGCUUGCCGGAUGUCGAGCCCCAGCACAUUACCGUGGCGCGGCUUAUUUGUAGGGAAUUCACAGGGAACUUAGAGACCCCGGUGCGCAGCCAUCCUCGCUUUCCUGGGGUGGAGAAACACUACCUGCGCGCGCAAAUCGCCCGCAUCGCGUGCGCCUGCAGCAUCGCCCCGAAGGACAGCUUCACCACCCACGGGGCCGUCCCCGACGUCGACCUCGACGAGGACGAGGAUGAGGACGGGAAUCCGAUCCCCCCUCCCGAGCGGGUCCCGGCCUACGCCGAGGUCCCCCCUUUGAUCCCGCAGAAAGUCCCCAACGAGGACGACACCGAGGACAUCCAGUCCGUCCGGGCCUGGUAUGAGGGCUUCAAGCAUGGGGAGCUCCUGCAGGGCAAGCACUGGGUGCACAUCGCGCCGACCCUGCUUCGCUGCGGGCGGGCCACCCUCCCGCCUCCGCCCCCCCAUGACCCCGAGGACGACCUCGGCGACGCCGUCGAGCCCGCGGCGGCGGCGGAGGUCGAGACCAUCCGGCCUUUCCUCUCGGACCUCAGCAAGGACGACGCGAUGACGCUCCCGGGCCACAGCCGGCCCCAGCUCGCCUCCUGGACCUUCUCCCAGGGCUACCACAACGAGAGCGACGACACCAAGCUCUACCUCGCCCGCUCCAUGCGCUGGCCGGGGGCGGUUUGCUACGCCAUCACCACGGGGAAGCCGGGGGCGGUUUACCAGUCCUUGUACGUCGGGAACGGGCUGAAGGACUCGCAGGGGGUGGACUACGCCCCGCAACUCCCGCCCCGCCGCAUGGCGGAGUUCCCCGAGGACGGCCUCGUCCUCCAGCGGGAUUGCACCCCACAGGAGGAGCAAGAGUACGCCCCACCGCCGGUCCCAGACGACGUCAGGGCUGGCGACAACGAAACUGAGGACGACGAUCAAGACGAUGAAUAA